GGAACACGGAGGAUUUUAUUUUCAUAUUGUGUUUCCUCACAAUAAAUACAAUCGAAAUACCAAUUUCAAGUAAGACUUGAACAUUUGUACACCUUUACAGAUCCUCAGUGGAAAUGUGUUUGUACUUUAUUAAUUAUUUGGUGCAGAAAAUGGGGUGAAAAUCACUGUAUUACCUGUGUGUUCAUGUUUGUUUGUGUAAUAACGUUUGGUGGACAAAUAGCCAAUAGCAGGAGAUGCACAUGAACACCUCCAGAUUAAGAAGAGCUCAUACCCAACACCGCCAGCAGGUGGCGGUAUUAUCCUGUAAGAACAACUCGAAACAGUCCAAUCAGUUUAAAUGUCGUUUUUCUUUCUUCAUACGGAACAUUUCUGUCAUGUUCAUGUUUUAGAGCAGAGAUGAAAAACCCAUCUGAUCUGUUUUACCUCCAGCUUUUUGCACAAAUGUUUAUUUUUCAUUUGUAUCCAAAGGAUAAAACCUCAAAUAUCACAAACGAGAUAUUAAUGUAAGUAAAAAAAAAAAUUACAAAGUUUUAUAUUACAACAGGAAGACUUUAAGUAUUCAAGAUGUCUCAUGAACUGACCUGUAAAUACAUUAUUAUUAUUGUGAGGGAAUACCAAAGACAAAAUAAAUAAAAAUAUCUCCUAGGAGAUUAUAAMUUAGUAAAUAGUUUGACUGCAUCGACUAAACAGGAAGGAUAUUAACCACCUGCAGUCUGAGGUCAUCARACUGAGUUAUGGCUCAGAGGGACAUUAAAUCAUGAGCUGGUUUUAUGCUGUUUAAAAAGCUUCUCCAUCAUUGUGACAGAAACACAAACAGGUCAGAGGUUUUCAUCGGACGCCGGCAGAGACAGRMGGACAUUUACUGAAGAGGAGCAGAAGAAGAAGCUCUGGGAGCCGAAACCUGCUGAUCAGGUCCGUGUUCUUAAGCAAACCAAAAUCUGAAAACCUAAAUAAAUAAAAAAAACGUUCCUUGGUUUUUGUUUCAUAUAACCUGAUAGGAUAAAGUUUUUCAGUGUCCCUUCACUAAAAUUUAUUCUAGAAAAUACAAUUAAAACAACAAAAAAUCUGAAAYCAAAAACAACUUGGGGUGAGUUUGUGAAUUUGUUGCAUUUUUUAUUAAAACWUGUUUGAACUAAAGUUUGGUGAAGUAGUCAGCUGCUGUCUGAUACUUUAAAGAAUAUGUUACUAAAACGUGCAGCACCUCAGGAAGCCCCUGUUGGGUGAUUUUUCUGUAAAACACCAAACAUAUAAUGGAUGUAAUGGCUGAUUGGACUGAUGUCUGAAUGGUCUCCAUCUCUUGUUUUUCCUCUCUCUGCUUGUCAAGAUGGCCGCCAACUCCUCCCUCCAUUCUCACAGCUGUGACUUCCCUCUCAUAGCUUUCCUCAUGCCCACCAUCUUAGCUCUCCUCAGCUUGAUGAUCCCUCUUUUGGGUUUCGUCCUGGUUGUUGGUUUCCAGCGGUGGAGGAAGCAACCUUCCAGSUCUCCUUUCGCGAAGUCGAGUCACGUCGACAUCCUGACCUACAACGUGGCGUUCAUGGACCUCCUUGGUGUCUCAGGGAACUACUUCACAUAUUUUGGCAUGAACGCUGAYCAGCUCUUGAUUGUAGGACACAGCAUGUUAGCCGUUUCCUCCACUGGACGUCCGCUGCUUCACCUCCUCACCUGCAUCGAGCGCUACCUGGCUGUGGUUCAUCCCAUCUCCUACCUGCGCCUCAGAGGCUCAGCGGGCGUCAGGGUUAGAAACAUCUCCAUCGGAUGUGUUUGGCUGAUCUCCAUUGGUGUGACGUCUCUGUCUGUGUGGCUGAAAGUAUCAUUUCUAACUUUGUCUUCUGUGUUCCUGUCCUUCUCAACCGUGGCUUUCUGUUUCUGCAGUGUCUCUGUUCUCUGGGCUUUGAUUCGUCCGGGGCCUGGAGAAGGGGGCGGGGACAAUAGGCUCAGUAACCAAUCAAAGCAGAGGGCUCUCCACACAAUGGCUACGAUCACAGCAACCCUUUUACUGAUGCUUAUUAGCAAUCUUGUUAUCUCUGUAGUACAAACAGCUUCCGCCCCGUACGGAUACACGUUCUGUGUCAUGGGAUGUUUGUCGGUGUUGUUCCUUUUGCCCACAUAUCUGGUUUUACCGCUGCUCUUUCUGCAGAGGGUCGGCAAACUAACAGCCUGUGGACACAAACCAACUGAAACAGCAUGAAGUCAGAGGUCAUUGUGACACACUAACAACCCAAACACUACAUAAGACUGGACUCCAGCAGGAAACAGUCAGUUGGUGAAGAGGAG